GUUGCUAGAGCCGUCACUUAUUCCUGGCGAACAGGCGCGACGCUUAAAAAUAUGGAGAGGAGAAGAUCUUAAGCAACGGUAGGUAGACUAACUUUCAAGUUUAGUAUAUAAAUGCCCAAGAAGCCCUAUUGAUCAGAACCUGCCCGGCCAUCGAACAACAAAACACUUUUGUUACUCGAACCACACACACACACACGAUCACGUUGCCCAAAAUGAAAGAAGCAAUCGUUAAUGUUGAUAUCUCGGUUACGGUCAAGGAUUCUCCCAUCCCCACCCCAGGGCCUGGCGAGCUCCUCAUCAAGGUUAUUGUCUCUGGCACGAACCCCAAAGACUGGAAGCUUCCUCGAUGGUCGAACGUGGCCGCGAACUCUGGCGACGACGUUGCUGGGAUAGUUGAGACCGUCGGCUCUGAAGUAUACGAGUUCGCGAAAGGAGAUCGCGUGGCGGGCUUCCACGUCAUGCGUUCCGAGCAUGGCAGUUUCGCCGAGUAUGCCAUCGUCCCCGCCUUCUCAGCGUUCCACAUCCCCAAGAACGUGAGCUUCGAGGAAGCGGCAACGGUGCCGUUGGCGGCGUACACGGCUGCCACGGCACUAUUCCAUUCGCUCGAAGUGCCUUCGCCAUGGGAUCGGACCAGGGCAAAGAAGACGCCACUCAUCAUUUACGGUGUGAGCACGGCGAUCGGCGCGUUUGGCGUGAAGCUGGCAAAAAAAGCGGGCGUGUACCCGCUCAUCGCCAUGGGCAGCAAGAACAGCGCGUUCGUCACGCCCUUGCUAGAGAAAGAGAAGGGAGACGUUUUCUUGGAUUACACUCAGUUCGAUUCUCAGGACAAAUUAGCGGAGAAGCUGAGGGAGGUCAUCAAGGAGACUGGGCAGCCUUGCUUUCGAGUCUUCGACACUGUCAGCGAGAACGGGUCGUUUGAGAUGCUCGGCAAGGCGAUCGCGGGACCACCGGAGGAGGGUACGGGCCUCAAGCCCAAGAUUACAACGGUGUUGCCCGGUAAGGACUACAACACAGUCGAUAAGAGCGUCGAGAUUGUUGUCACGAUUGUUGGACGCGUACACGAGGAGGAGGGAGAGGGACGAUUGUUUGGGCUCAUUUGGGCGAGGGCGUUCGCCGAAGGAUUGAGGACGGGAUGGAUGAAGGCUCAUCCAUUCGAAGUGGUAGAGGGCUUGCAGGGCGUUGAGCACGCUCUGAAGGGGUUGGAGAAUGGAAGCGUCCGUGCAAAAAAGAUGGUCAUUCGGGUCGCGGAGGGAAAUUGAUCAGAUACAACGCACUUCGUUAAUGUCUGCAGACUAGGGUGAGGCUCCGUUAUUAAAGUGCUUACAACAUGAAAGUGAGAAAUACCAAGAGUGCAUAGGUGAAUAUGACAUAUCUUCUUCCGAUUGGAGGAGCUUUGAGGG